CCACAAGGUUAUGUUUGGAAAAUCAUUUAAGUUGAUUUUAUUAACUAAAUACAUAUUUAAUUUUCGCAAAACUAUUUGAUUCUAAUUCAUGAUGGAAGAAAAUGUUCAUCGUCUGGCGGGUAGCGCUGUCGACGAACCGGGCGGUUUAAUAAUCAAAAAGAAAAAAGACGCUGAACCAACUUUUAAGGUACCCAGGGCUUCGCUGCUAGGCUUAGACCGUUUAGCGGCGCAAAAGCGCCGGGAACAAGAGGACGCCGCUCGGAAAAUGUCCUUUUCGAUUGAAGAGGAGAACGCUGAAUUUGCCAACGAAAGUCCAAAGCAUGUACAGGAAAAGCCAAAAGAUGAACGCAAGUUCAGGGUGCCAGCAGAAGAAACACCCACGUACACAGGGGGGGUUACUAAAGAAGCGCGGGAACGGUUGCUGGAAAGGGAAAAGGACCGAUAUAAGGCAAAGGGGGUUUAUGCAACUUCAAUAGACAAAAGCAAACAUAAUAGAGAUUAUGAACGUCGUAGCGGCAAGCAUGAUCGCGAUAGAGACCGAAGGGAAAGGUAUAAACAUCGGGAUAGGGACAGGCAUAGAGACACACAUCGAAGCAGCAGGCAUGGGGACAGUUCACAUAGAGAAGAAACCACGCCGAGGUUUAGGGAUGAACCCAAAACUCCAAAUUUGAAGGUGAAAGAUGCAGUAUCAAAAGCAUCGUGGGAUGAAGAGGAGGAUCUUCCACCAAUGAAAAGGUCCACUUGGGAUUUUCCAACUCCAAACUCAUAUAAAAAGGAAGACAGAGAGUGGUCUGAAAGAAGUGCAAAAUCAAGAUAUGACGCAGAGUCAUCUAGAAGAAACGAGAAAAGCUGGAGAGACUGGAAAAGUGGUAAAAAACCUGUGGACGAUAGUGAAAGGGCAACUCCAGCCCACAAAUAUAAUGCUUGGAUGAAGGACAGAAGGAAAACAGGCGCCACACCAGGUUUAGAGAAGGAAAGCGAAAGCAAAGUGAAAUGGGACGCUACAGGGGAGCGAAGUAAUUGGGAAGAAGAGCAGAGGAGGCUGGACAGAGAGUGGUACAAUAUGGGCGAGGGUUACGAUGAUGAAAACAACCCAUUUUCAAGUGUGAGCGAUGAGUACACUAAGAAAAAAGAGGAGCAAUUGGAACAGAGGAAAAAGAAAAGAUUAAGCGCUCAACAAAGGCAAAUCAAUAAGGACAAUGAGUUGUGGGAGAGAAAUCGAAUGCUAACAUCUGGAGUGGUCCAUUCGGUGGAUUACAACGAAGAUUUCGAUGAAGAAUCGAUAGACCGGGUUCAUUUGUUGGUCCACAACAUUGUACCGCCUUUCCUUGAUGGUCGAAUUGUCUUUACUAAGCAGCCGGAACCGGUAAUCCCCGUAAGAGAUCCUACGUCCGACAUGGCUCAAGUGGCAAGGAAGGGCUCUCAUUUGGUAAGAGUGUUUAGGGAGCAGAAAGAGCGCAGAAAGGCCCAGAAGAAGCAUUGGGAAUUAGGAGGCACGAAAAUCGGGAAUAUUAUGGGUAUCAAGAAGAAGGAAGACGAAGAAGAUAAAAAGUAUAACAAAGACGAUGACACUACCGAUUAUAAAACUGAUCAUAAAUUUGCGGAGCACAUGAAAGGAAACAAUGAGGCCUCCAGCGAAUUUGCCAAGAAAAAAUCUUUUUACGAGCAGCGGCGCUAUUUACCGGCGUUUGCAGUUAGGCAGGAACUGUUGAAUGUUAUUAGGGAAAACAAUGUCGUUAUUAUUGUCGGCGAGACUGGAAGCGGAAAAACCACCCAACUAACUCAAUACUUACACGAGGAUGGUUACAGCAAGUACGGAAUGAUUGGUUGCACGCAGCCUAGAAGAGUGGCCGCCAUGUCGGUAGCUAAAAGAGUAAGCGAUGAAAUGGGGACAACUUUGGGGGACGAAAUAGGAUACGCCAUUAGAUUCGAGGAUUGCACUUCAGAGAAUACUGUGAUAAAAUAUAUGACUGACGGUAUUCUUUUGCGGGAGAGUCUGAGAGAGCCGGAUUUGGACCAUUACAGUGCGGUCAUAAUGGACGAAGCCCACGAAAGGUCUUUAAGCACCGAUGUGCUGUUUGGAUUGCUCAGGGAAAUAGUGGCGCGAAGACACGACUUGAAAUUAAUUGUUACUUCCGCUACAAUGGACAGCAGCAAGUUUUCCAUGUUUUUCGGCAAUGUACCUACUUUUACUAUUCCUGGUAGGACUUUUCCGGUAGAGACAUUAUUCAGCAAGAAUCCUGUAGAGGAUUAUGUAGAUGCUGCAGUAAAACAAACGUUGCAGAUUCACUUGCAGCCUCCAUCCGGGGAUAUUCUAAUUUUUAUGCCUGGACAAGAAGACAUAGAAGUGACGUGCGAGGUUCUAGCAGAACGGUUAGGAGAAAUCGACAAUGCGCCUGAACUAUCGAUUUUGCCCAUCUACUCCCAACUGCCUUCGGAUCUUCAGGCGAAAAUUUUCCAGCGAUCUCCUGAAGGCAUUCGAAAAUGCGUAGUGGCCACCAAUAUAGCUGAAACAUCGCUAACUGUCGACGGUAUUAUCUUCGUUAUAGAUAGCGGCUACUGCAAGCUAAAGGUGUAUAACCCUAGAAUCGGUAUGGAUGCUCUACAGAUUUAUCCGAUCUCACAAGCCAAUGCGAAUCAACGUUCCGGGCGCGCUGGUCGUACAGGGCCCGGUCAAGCUUUCCGGCUUUACACUGAACGGCAAUACAAAGACGAGCUGCUGGUCACCACAGUGCCAGAAAUACAGCGUACCAAUCUGGCUAAUACGGUAUUGUUGCUCAAAUCCCUUGGAGUUCAGGAUUUAUUGCAAUUCCAUUUUAUGGAUCCUCCACCUCAGGAUAAUAUACUGAACUCGUUGUAUCAGUUGUGGAUCUUAGGCGCUUUGGACCAUACGGGUGUUCUGACCAAGCUUGGAAGGCAGAUGGCGGAAUUUCCUUUGGACCCUCCUCAGUGUCAAAUGCUGAUUGUCUCGACCCAAAUGGGGUGCACCGCUGAGAUCCUUAUUAUCGUCUCCAUGCUGUCGGUUCCUUCGAUUUUUUACCGCCCCAAAGGCCGAGAAGAAGAAGCCGAUGGAGUGAGGGAGAAAUUUCAGGUUCCCGAAAGCGAUCACUUGACCUUUUUAAACGUCUACAACCAAUGGAAACAGAAUGGAUAUUCGGCGCACUGGUGCAAUGAACACUUCAUUCACAUCAAAGCCAUGCGAAAAGUGAGGGAGGUGAGACAGCAGUUGAAGGACAUCGUGGUGCAGCAGAAAUUCGAGAUAAAAUCGUGUGGAACCGACUGGGAUAUAGUUAGAAAGUGCAUUUGUUCCGCAUAUUUCCAUCAAGCUGCUAGACUAAAAGGUAUUGGUGAGUAUGUGAACUGCCGUACCGGGAUGCCGUGCCACCUUCAUCCAACGUCGGCCCUUUUCGGUUUGGGCAGCACUCCAGACUACGUAGUUUAUCACGAAUUGGUAAUGACGGCCAGAGAGUACAUGCAGUGCGUGACUUCCGUCGACGGCCACUGGUUGGCUGAAUUGGGACCAAUGUUCUUCUCAUUAAAAGAGACAGGAAAAUCAGGCAGAGCCAAGAAGAAACAAGCCGCUGAACAUCUGUUGGAAAUGGAAAAUCAGAUGCAAGUGGCUCAAGAGGAAAUGAAGGCACGAAAGGAAGCGGCCGACAAGAAAGAGGCUGCAAUGAAUAAAGGCCAGGAAAUCAUAUCGGCUGGAACCACUCCCCGAAGAACACCCGCUCGAUUUGGGCUUUAGGCUGCUGGAAACCGCUCAAUUUAAUUGAGAUUGGCGGUUGUUUCAUAUAGUACGCAGCAUUAUUUUACAUACUAGUUUUAUGGUAACUCCAAACUCGUCAGAGUUUGUUCGACCGACUGUACAUUUUCUCAAUCAAUAAAGAUUGAUCCCAAUCAAAGACGUU